AAAUGAAACCACAUAACAAAGUGAUGAAUAAAAGGCCUGGAGUGAGUGUUGAUGUUUGAAGAUGCCUGCUGCAUAGAGCUCUUAGUGCGUGCGGCGGUGCCAAGGCCAUGACGAACUCAGCUUCCAGGCUCAACCGCGGCGGCGGUGCAGCCCUUCACAUUCAACAUCGACCACCUUCACACAUAUUCAUCGCUCACGAUACCGCAUUUCGAUCGCCUACAGGCCCUUCCGUCGGCCCAGCCCCCAAUAGCACAUACCUCACGAUCUGCGCUCGAAGCGCCACCGCCGCCGAUAAGCUUCCCGCCUCUGAAUAGCCUCAGAGCUCGAAGUCGCCCACCAUGGUCAAGCCAGUCGUUUCUGCCAUGAAUGCAUGGACCUGCAUUGUCCUGUCCGUGUUCGCCAUCGUCAUUUUAUCCAUCAUUGGAGCGCUAUUCAAGUCGGGUAGUCACACAGUAUUGGGUGGGGAAGAGGACCCCGAGGACGGCAACGCUGUAGCUGGCGCAGUCUUUGGAGCAGUGUUCAUCUACAUCGGCUUCUUCGUCUUCUGCGGCUUCCAGGCCUUCCUUCACAUCCGCGAAAGCCGUCGCGGCGCGAUAAGCCUGUCCUAAACGCAUACUUGACCAGCUACUCUGGCGAAUCAUUAUGGCAUGGUAGAGUUGAGUAAUUCGAGGGAGGGAUACGAGACGAUGAUAGAUGCCGCGAUCCUCAAGCAGACAUGGUUGAGCCGAAAGAACUAGAUAUUCUGCUUUCUACAACACAGCACACGGCGUUGGAUGGGAUGGGUUGUUUGAUACUGGAUUUCAGGUGCAUGUAUAGCUUAUGAGAUAUAUCCGUCCAUCAACAAGCUUGACACUACAAAAGAUUUCGAUGUUGUGGAUUGAGCAAAGGUUUAAGAUACCCCCGUGUCGAGGAAUAUGAGCUCAACCAUACAGUCCAGCGUGCGAGUCUAAUAAAGAUUCCUUGGCCAUAGUUUUCCUUGUACACCGG